CACGCCCCCGCUCCACACCUCCAAACACUCCACGGCCACUUUGGGAAGUUCAUGCAACUGCUUGGCUUAAAAUCUACCCGACAAUGCACUGCUGUUUAAAUAUCCUUCCGGCCUCACUGCAGAUGUGCAUGAGACUCGAACCUGGAGUCACUGAAGAGGGGAAAAGGGCGAAACUGAAAAACUCACAAAUAGAGCGGGACCUCCAAAAACAUGCAAAAGCUGAAACUAAUGUUAUAAAGAUUCUUCUUCUUGGGACAGCUGAGAGUGGUAAGAGCACGUUGGUCAAACAAAUAAAGAUAAUCCAUAGUCAGGGUUUUUCUAAACAGGAGCUCAUCAGCUUUAAGCCUGCAGUAUUCGACAACCUCCUCACCUCAAUGAAGUUUGUCCUCCGGGGCAUGGGGAUUCUGAGGAUAAAUCUAGCCAGUAAAAAAAACAAGGUGCAUGCCUCUUUGAUUCUGGCAUGCAGCCAGUGUCUGGGAGACGACCAGGAGCUGCUCCCCUUUGUGGCCCAUGCCUUCUGUGCUCUGUGGUCUGACCAUGGAGUCCGAGCUGCUGCAGCCAGAGGUUAUGAGUUUGAGCUCAACGACUCUGCCCUCUAG